AUGAAGAAGCAUCAAGCGACGUUGCUGCUGCUGAGCAGUCUGCUGCUCUGCCUGAGCCUGGCGCAGGCGGCGCGACGUCCCAUCCAUGUGAACGAGUCGCCGCUGGCGCGUGCCAGCGAUGCGGCUGCCGCUCCGUUGGAGGCGCAGGAUGCACAGGAUGUGAGCAAGAAGGAUCCCUCAAGCGGUCGCCUCUUCCUCAAGAAGUUCCUCAUGUUCAAGAACAUGUUUGGCCAGAACCAGCAGCCGGUCAUACCCAUUGUCAUCACUGGCGGCGCUGGCACCAGCACAGGCCCCACCUCGCCCACCGUGUCCGUCACAUCGACCGGCACCAUACCCUCUGCCACGGGCACCAUUGGCACCUCACCCACCUCACCCACCUCACCAACCACACCCACCACGCCCACCGGACGUCAGAGCUAUGGCGCUCAACAAGCGGACGAGCAGUCCGCCCACGCUGACGACGACGAGGAGGAGGAGGAGGCCGAUGCGCAGGCCAUGCCUGGCCUCGCCAUGGCCGCCAAUGCCGAGCUGCUCGACGAGCAGGCGAUGCAGGCAGCGCUCGCCGCCGGCGCCCAGGAGUACGAGGUCUACACCGAGCAGGCGGACCAAGCAGCAGGCGGCUCCGCCACCGAGUCCAAGGCCAGCCAGAACAAUCGCAUCAAUCUGCGCCGCAAGAACGGACGUCGCGGCCAGGGCCAGAUGAUCAGCGUGCGCAUUCCUCCACGCUAUCGUCGCUACUUCAAGAACGGACAGAAGGUCAUGCUCAACACCAAGCGGGGCGUGAACAAGCGUCGCGUCGUCCGCCGACGCGUCCAGGGCAACAAGAACAAGCGUUUCAACAAUCGCCGUCGCGGUGGCAAGAACAAGAACAAGAAGAACAAGAACAAGAAGAAUAAGAACAAGCGCCCACGCAUGCCAAUUGCCUAA